GGAAAGCAGCUUUAAUUGCGGAGAGAAAAGCCAGCGAUGGCUUCGCUCAGGCAGGAGCACCACUACGGGCUCUCCUGUGGAAAAAAUAACAAAAACAGCCCAAACAGGACGCUUUACCAUGUCAAGCUCACGGACACGGCUCUCAGGGCGCUGGAGGCUUUCCAAACCCUCAAGGGAUCUUUACCAAGUGAACCAUCAAUUUGCUUCAAAGGAAACCAAGGGAACAUCAAGAUCCCAGCUCCCACUUCAGAGUCUCCUUCUGCUCUUCGCGUCUUCUCCUUCUACUUAUCCAGCGACAGCAAAGACCAACCUCAAGCCAGCUUUGACUGCAUCCAUCAAUAUGUCACAAGUGACGGCCGAGAGCAGCUGGAAGGUCAAGGCAUCAUCCAGGACAAGAUCACAGUGUGCGCCACGGACGACUCCUACCAGAUGACCCGUGAGAGGAUGUCUCAGGUGGAGAAGGACAGCUGGAGCCGCGCCGCCAUCGAGAUCAAACCCGGAGCCACACAUCCAAGUAAAUGUGUGAAGUUCCAGAAGCGGCCUCUGUCUACAUCAGACAGCAGUUUAUUCAAGAACUCCACCAACAACCGGAGGAUCGGCGGUACGACCACGCCGACCCAGAAGCCCUUGAGGGAGCGCAUCAUCCACCUCCUGGCUCUGAAACCGUACAGAAAACCGGAGCUGCUGCUGUGGCUGGAGAGAGAAAAAGCCGACCCCAAGGACAAGGCCGAGCUGGGGGCCAUACUGGACGAGGUGGCCAGAGUGAACCCCAAGGACAGCAGCUACCUGCUGAGGGAGGACUUCUACAAACAUGUGCAGAGGGCCUGGCCGGGAUACAGCGAGGAGGAGAGGCCGCUGAUCAGCAGGCUGCUGGCCAGGAAGUUGCAGCCACACAUCAGCCAGCCAUCGAGGAAUCUUCCAGCAAAUGUGUCAAAGACCUCCGAGGAUACAACGCUACAUCAGAGCCCAGCAAAGAGUCCUGCAGUGAAACGUCCCGUGCCUUCUGACUCUCUGGAAAGCCUCGCUGUUAAGAAACAAAGACUUGUGGACCAGAGGUUACAACAGCAGCCCGCAGUAAACGGACUCUUAAACAACAAAGGACACGUCAUUUCUGCUCCUUCCUUCAACCCCAGUUUCCACACAAAGACUGAGUUUCAACGGACGACUAACCAAACUGGAAACCAAAAUGGCUUACCAGGAGGCCACAGUGGCUUUCCUCUAAUGCACAAACUGUCUAGCACCUCUGACACACCGGUCUCAGAGAGCAGGGAACAGGGACCCAAAGUAAGCAGCCAGCCGCCACAGGGCGACUCCGACUGCUCUCACCAGCCGCCCGCCAACAGCCAGCACAAGAAGAAGAAAUCUAAAAAGCACAAAGACAAGGAGCGGGAGAGGUUAAAAGAAAACAAGGGCAGCGAAUGGUUCGAGACGAGUCCUGAUCUCAAGCAGAACCCGGACAAACUUGACAAUCCUGACAUCACAAAUGCUGUGGCCUCUGAGGAGAAACCAGAUUACGUGCUUUCUUACGGCCCCAUAAUGACUUUGGAGCAGCGUGAGCGGUACCAGGAGGACUUCUGUGCAGAGUACGAUGAAUACAAAGACCUCCACUCGCGGAUCGCCACCAUUACUCACAUGUUUGUUCAGCUAGGAUCCAAGAUCAAAAGCUUGCCCCCUGGCACGCGAGAAUAUAAGAUAAUGGAAGGCCAAAUACUAGGAAAGUACUCCAAGUAUCGAAAGAAGUUCCCAGGCUACCGGGAAGAGAAGAAACGCUGCGAAUAUCUCCAUGAGAAACUGUCCUACAUCAAACAGCUCAUCGCAGACUAUGAAGUCUCUCAGGCUUCUUCAUAGCAUUGGAUCUCUUUUUUAUCAUUUAGUUUCAAUGUGGAACCCUGUGCUUUGCAUUAACAACAUAGGUUUAAAAAAAAAAAAAGCAUUUCAUCCGAGAGUUUUACUAAAGAUUUUUGGAUUGAAACUGCAGCGUCGACAUCCACGGCCUCUGCUUGGAUCAAGGACCAUGCUGUGAGCAACGAAGAUAUGAAUCAGUAGCAGUUCUCUCUUUGUUUUGAAAGUCUAUUUGCUUUCGUUUAAUGAAAUCACUUAAAAGAUACAAGUCCAAGGGAGAGUGAAACACUCAUCAAAUUGUCAUGACAGACAACUUCCCUAAUAGUUUUUGACCGCCUUGCUAAAACCAGUGUCAGUGUAAGCCAUUCUGAUGGAAUUAUUUAAAAGGUAGGAAAUUAUGAGUUUAACUUAUUCACUUUGUUUUUUGACAUUAAGUCAAACACUGCUCCAGGCAGAUUUCCCUUUUAUGAAUUUAAAUAUUUCAAUAUACAGUUUGCUUUUUCAAUACUAUAUCAAAGUUGCCUCAUUGAUCAUUUGAAUAACGAUUGAAUAGCCUAGUGCAAAAAAUGGAUGUUUGAAGUCGUUUUAUCUCGGCCUUCACAUCUGAUUCCCAGUGCAGAUUCCUUUCACGUUUCAGGCAAUUAUCUUAAAGCAAGACUAUUUUAAAUACAUACUGCAUUACCAUCAACUUAUUCAAACUUUAUUUGAAUUAAAAAGGAUAUUUGCCAGGAUACAAGUGAAGAAAUCUAACGCUUGGGCCAAACUUGGACCCUUUUUUAUCAAUUGAUGUAUUAAACUGAAGAUAUUUUUUUAAAUAAGGCCAGUUUGUAGCUCAUACUUUUCCCCUGAAAGGAUCUGCUAAGCUUGUUUUAUGACAACUUCUUAAAAUACCUGCUAACAUUUUUGUUUCCAAUGAGAACAAUAACUGGAAAAUAUUUAAAUUGUUUGAAAUGUUAAGAUUGAGGUACAUGCUGUCUCCCAAAUGCACUUGUUUAAAGUAUUUAUUCACCACACCCGUUUUUUUUUAGUCACAAGUAAAGGGAUCAAAAUGCUUUGAUGGCUGUUGCAAUAAUUUGGUGAGGAAGGACGAUUAUUUCCCCCAAAUGCAAUACUGACAUUGUUAACCCGGGACAAAGUCUAGUUUAAAGUAUUCUAACCCACUGUAGAGAAGAGUCAUGACAUUUUCUUCCUUCUUUUAACUACUGAUGUAUUUAUUUUAAGCCACCUUUCUCGGUUCUGUGCUGUCUUCUGCUCAGCUUGAAGCGUAAGGUCUUUCUACUUAAAAAUGGGUUUCUCAAUCCAAGCAGCUGGGAAAGCUUGUGAACUGUAACAUUUUGUCUCCAGCAGUUCAAAUGACAAAUGACAAAAGACUAAGGGCUGUUAAAUGUUUCAAAUGCAGUUGAAAUGGGAAAAAUCUGUUUUGGCAGGAGGAGAUAUCAAUGUUUGAAGUCAACUAACUAUAUUUGUUUCCCUCGAGUUUGACAGUGAAUUGAACAGUAUAGCUGUGGGUGAUUUCCUCAUAUUGACCCAGGGACAAAUACAUUGAACAUACAUUUGAUAUGGGAAAACACUAACAACAUAAACCUUUCAGAAGAACUCAUUACCAGCAUAUUUGAAAAUGCUGAGCUGGGAAUCAUAGAAACGCUCACGAGAAAGCUGCCUGAAUUGACAACGUUGAAGGAUACAGUGAAGGAUUUCCAAGUCCCUAGAUAUUUGGUAUUCAAGGAAAUACUGAGCCAUAUUGGUUAAAAGAAGAAGUGUGUAUUUGCUACACAAUAACCUGUUAAUGUACUAUUUUAAACAACUGAAGGGGCUUUUUAAUCUUUUGAAUUCCACUUAAUAAUCAGUGUCAAAAAAGGGGGCAGAGGGCUUGUUACAUUUCAAUUUGAAUUGUAAUUUUGUUUGUGGUUACAGCUUUUUACUGAAAGUUAUCACUGAGUCAAUGACGUAGAAGCCUUAAAAUGACACUUUUAUCAACAAACUGCCAAUAUCAACAAGGAUUCAUCACGUGCACACACACCUGUUUUUCUGCCUUACUGUAUAUUCCUCUGAGCUGUUGCAUUUAAACCUGUCUUUCACUGUUCAAAUGAAAGUGUCUUUCCCACACUUUUGAAUCUUACUUUCUGGAGGAAAUCUUUGAUUAUGUAACUUCAGAAUUACUAUGAUGGCAUAGCGUUCUCAUCAGUUGCAUUUUUUUUUUUCAUCUUUAAGGUACGCUGUUUUUCAUAAUCAGAUAUGUUGGUCUGGUAUUUAUCAUUAGGGAUUCCACUUUGGUUUUUACACUCUUUCACUUUGAUAUUAUCAUCUCUUCUUAGCACAGCCAUUUGGUUUGAAGACUGUCAACAGAGAUUUCAGAUCAAAAGAAAUCCAUUGUAAAAAUAACAGUGAUCAUCAAUUCCAGGUAAUGGGUGGUAAUUAUAAGAAAGUUACAGGGGGUGCAAAGUAUAAUUAUGUUGAGUGGUUGAUUAAAGACCAUGAUUAUCUGUGGGAUAUUGAAUAUAGACCAUAAUUAUCAUUAGGCUAUAUGAUGGAAAAAAAUCACUAGUUGUAAAAAACUGAACCAUUCUUCCAAAAUCACAGAUGGAUUUUAUUUAUCUGAUGAAGUCUUAAUCACAAGCUACAAAAAAAGUUCAGACGGUGUUUUCUUUUGUGUUUAUUGUUUUGACUACAUAUGCUGCAUACCUGCUGAAGGGAAAGCCUCAUCUUAUUCAGAGAAGAGUAUGCAUUAUGAACUGCAUUUUACAAAUGUACACUUUCUAUUUUUCUGUUGUGCAAUGUUCAAAAGAAUAAAAACAUCAAAGAUA